GAUUAAUUCGAGCGUCAGUUUGUAUUAGUCGUCCGAAUUCCAAGUAGCAGAGCGAAAACACCCAAAAUGUCUGACAAAAUACCGACAAUUCAGGCUCUUGAGAAGCCAGAGAAGCUUGAGAAUAUCCUGCGUCAGGACAGAGGAGAUGAUUGUUUGCCUUGCAAAGUCGUUGGAAGCGGCGCAUUCUUUGGCCUUGGAGCUUACAGCUACUUUUCCGGAAUGUCACAGCUUGAUAAGCAAAAGGAUUUGAUCCUACGGAGCAAAUCGCCAUUCGGUAUGAGAAGUCGCAAGUUUGGAAUCACAUCUAUUUCGCUUGCUCUGGUGUGGAUGGGGCUCUGGCGAGCUUUCAAGUAAUCAAGGAUAUACAUACGAAUCAUGCAGCGAACUCAUCUCAAUUCCAACACGUAUCCCCUUGUAUAAUAGCUCCCGGUGCGGCUCCCUACAAGCCGGCUCUAGCUUUCCUA